GUUUGUAUAGAAUUUUUAUUUUUCGAACCUGAUUUAGUUUUUUCCCUCCUCACUUGUGCAGAAGCUUGGGACUUCACGUCGGUAUUCGUUUGUUUACCUUUAAGGUUGAAGGUUCUUCGUGUUGUGGUUCGCUUUUCUUGAUUCUAUAGUCUGGUUAACAACAUUUGAUCCAGCGAGAACAAACUUGAAUCAGGAUGUCUGAAGGGCAGCAACCACCUAAGGGUCGGGCCAGGGGGAGGGCUAUGGGUAGAGCCCGUGCCCGUGGAGUUCCUACAGCUUCACAGCAGCCUCAACAGCAACCUGCUUUACCUCAACAACCUCAGCAGACCCCACCAUCUCAAUAUCAGCUACCUAGCCCAUCUUCUCAGCAGCUUCCUAUUCUUCCUCAACCGCAGCAGCAAGUUAGAGUUUCUGCUCGUGCCAGGGGGUAUGUUCCUAAACAAAUCCAACCUGGUGCUAGUGGUGUUCAACAAGUACGACAGCAGCAAGCGUGGCAACAACAAGAGCGACGGCCACAAGAACAGGGGGCAUACGCAAUAGAUCCUAACCUGAAAGAUGUAGCUGGAGGCUUUAGAGGGCUGUGUCUUGGUGAAUCCAAGCCUGGACAUGCUUUGCGUAGAGGUGUACUGAGAGGAAGAAUCGAAGUGGUGACACCUCCACCCAAAACAAGGCCUGAAACUUUGAGUGUUAAAAGAGGUAGCCAGGGAACGUCGGUGAACCUAAUAACUAACCAUUUCAGAUUGACACAAACAACUAAUUGGUCUUUAUAUCAAUAUCAUGUCGAUUUUGAGCCUGAGGAAGAAAGGACUAGAGUCCGUAAAGCCCUAAUGGCAAAUCAAAAGGAAACACUAGGAGAGGCUUAUUUAUUUGAUGGUACAAUGUUAUUUGUCAUUCAGAGGCUACAUACCCCACAGAACAACGUAAUAGAAUUAUUUUCUUUUAGAAAUGAUGAUCAAAAAAUGAGGAUUAUUAUUAAAUUUACUAAUGAGCUUUUAUUUGGAGAUUAUCAAUAUAUCCAAAUAUUUAAUAUUAUGCUUCGCAACUGCUUAGAUGACAUGGGAUUACAGCUUGUAGGGCGUGAAUAUUUCAAACCUGAUUCGGCUGAAACUCUGUCACAUCACAAACUUGAAAUUUGGCCUGGCUAUAGUACUUCAAUUCUGCAAUUUGAAGACCACAUUAUGAUGGGUCUGGAUGUUUCUCAUAAAGUCUUAAGGACUGAUAGUGUUCUGGAAUUUCUUCAAGAAUGUCGUCGAAGAUAUGGUUCUGAAUGGGAGCAUUACUUCUUGGACACCAUUCUAGGAGCUGUAGUUUUUACAGGCUACAAUAAUAAACCUUAUCGAGUUGAUGAUGUUGAUUUUAAACAAACACCAACUGACACAUUUGUGAAAGGAAAUGUUAGCAUAAGAUACGUAGAUUACUAUAAAGAUAAAUAUAAUAAGAAAAUAACUGACUUGAAACAGCCUUUGCUUGUAUCAAGACCCAAAGCGAGAGACAUUAGGGCUGGAAGGACUCAAAAUCUUAUUCUAAUUCCUGAAUUUUGCCAAAUGACUGGUCUUGGUGAUGAGAUGAGGAAUAAUUUCAACUUGAUGAGGGCAGUUGCAGAAUGUACCCGUGUACCACCUAACAAACGUAUUAAAGAUUAUUAUAAGUUUCUUAAAGGCAUAAAUGGAUGUUCAAAGGCUGUUGAUAGACUUGAUUCGUGGAAUGUCCAAUUUGCUCCAACAUUGGAAUCUGUCCCUUCACGAAUUUUCGAUCCUGAGGCUUUGCAUACAGCUGAUGCUAAUGACCUUAUAAAGCCGCAAGAUGGAGAUUGGUCUCGUGCUCUGCGUACAUGUGGCAUGUUCGCGACUGUCAAGUUGGAAACCUGGGUAUUAGUUGCUACAAAACAGGCAACUUAUGAUAAGAGGGUGAACGGUAACGCCAUUGAUAAUUUUCUAAAUGAACUCACGAGAGCAGGCAAGAGUUUAAAAUUUGAAGUGAGCAGACCUGAAGUGGUUAUUAUUCAAGUUGACAAGAUAGCCAACUAUCUAACCGUAAUUGACAAAGCUGUAAAUAAAGGAAAUGUCCAGCUUGUUAUGUGUAUUAUAAAUGCAAGUAGGACUGACUUGUAUGCUGCCAUUAAAAAAAAAUGUCUCUGCGAUAGGUCAAUGGCUUCUCAGGUGAUAGCAACUAAAACAUUAGGGCAUAAAAGUCUGCUCUCAGUUUGCUCAAAAAUUGCUAUUCAGUUGAACUGUAAACUGGGUGGGAGUCCAUGGUACACUCCUCUCCCAUUUAAAGAUGACUUGAAAAUGAAAGAUGGUACUGUAAAAAAGGAAACAGCACAUGCCUGUAUGGUAGUUGGGUUUGAUGUAUGUCACGAUACAAGAGUGAAGGGUAAAUCAGUGGGUGCAAUGGUAGCCUCCCUUAAUUAUAAUUUCUCAAAAUUUUACUCAGCAGUCAGUCGGCACAGCCUAGGAGAGGAGUUGUCUAAUGACAUUGCUAACCAUGUAUCUCAUGCAGUCCUAAAGUUUGAAGAACUCAACCAAUAUUUACCCCCAAAAAUAAUCAUGUUUAGAGAUGGGGUUGGUGAAUCAAAUAUUGGAUAUGUUAUCGACCAUGAGGUUAUGACAAUAAAGAAUCGACUCCUUCAAAUGUUUCCUCAAAGACCACCAAAGUUGACUGUUAUUAUCGUAUCAAAACGUAUUCAGACAAGGUUUUUUCUCCAGGAUGGUGUAGAUAAACAAGGUUCACCAUACUAUGUAAACCCUCCUCCCGGGACAAUCGUUGAUGACGUGGUCACCCGACCUGAGAAGUUUGAUUUUUUCUUGGUAUCACAAUCAGUGCGUCAAGGUACUGUGACUCCUACAAACUACAAUGUUAUCUUUGAUGAAAAUAAACUGAGGCCUGAUCAUGUUCAGAGGAUGGCGUACAAAAUGUGCCACUUGUAUUAUAAUUGCACUGCUACGGUGAGGGUUCCAUGCCAGGUCCAAUAUGCCCACAAGCUCGCAUUUUUAGUUGGCCAGGUGCUCCACAUUCCUCCAAAUUCUGGGCUCAGUCAUCUUUUAUAUUUCCUUUAAGAAUUUUUAUUUAUUUCUCAGUUUGUUGGGAAGAAUUUUGUGUAACAUUUGUAAAGUAAUAUUUUUUAUAUAUAUAUAUAUAUAUAUAU